UGCAUUAAAAGAUUAACUUCUAGCCUUGAACCACUUCUGCACUCAUGGGGCUGGGGUAGUGGCCUCCUGUUUCCCACCACAUCCAGCAACGAACCACUCUUGAGCAGCUGUCUCUAGACACCUCUCGCCCUGAGAACUGGACGAUGCUAAAAUCAGGUCCAGAAAUGCCCUUGGUGUGUGUCACAGACUUCCAGGCCCUGGCUCGGGAGCGCCUGUCAAAGUCCAGCUGGGACUACAUUGAGGGAGGGGCCGGCGAAAGCAUCACCAGGGAUGACAACGUCACGGCCUUUAAGAAACUCCGCCUCCGCCCCCGGUACCUGAGAGACGUGUCGCAGGUGGACACCAGGACCACAAUCCAAGGGGAGGGAGUCAGCGCCCCCAUUUGCAUCUCCCCCACAGGUUUCCACUGCCUUGCCUGGCCUGAUGGAGAAAUGAGCACCGCGAGAGCUGCCCAAGCAGCCGACAUCUGCUACAUCACCAGCACCUACGCCAGCUGUAGCCUGGAAGACAUCGUCACCUCUGCUCCCAGAGGACUCCGUUGGUUCCAGCUCUACGUGCAGCCAGAGCGGGAGCUGAACAAGCGUCUGAUCCAGAGGGCAGAAUCCCUGGGCUUCAAAGCCCUGGUGAUCACGGUAGAUGUCCCCACGCUUGGCAACAGGCGGCAGGACCUUCGAAACCAGCUGGACUUGAAGUCAAAUUUACUGCUGAAGGAUCUUCAGUCACUUAAGGAGCAGAGAAUGUCAAUGCCUAAUCUCAAGAUGACCCCCAUCGACGCCUCCAUCUGCUGGGAAGAUCUGUCCUGGUUUCGGAGCUUAACGCAGCUGCCUGUCAUCCUGAAAGGGAUCCUGACAAAAGAGGAUGCAGAGCUGGCUGUGAAACACAAUGUUCAUGGCAUCAUUGUCUCCAACCACGGAGGGAGGCAGCUUGAUGAGGUCCCUGCUUCUAUCGACGCCCUGCCCGAGGUGCUGGCCGCCGUGAAGGGGAAGGUGGAGGUGUACCUGGACGGCGGGGUCCGCUCCGGCAACGACGUGCUCAAGGCCCUGGCCCUGGGGGCCAAGUGCGUCUUCAUUGGGAGGCCGGUGCUGUGGGGCCUGGCCUGCAAGGGUGAACACGGCGUUAAGGAGGUUUUGAAUAUUCUGAAAGACGAAUUCCGCACGUCCAUGGCGCUGACGGGCUGCAGGACUAUCGCUGAGAUCAACCAGGACCUGAUCCAAUUCUCCAGGUUGUGAGCACAAGAGUGGAGACGGCACUGCGAGGUUGCCCAGAGGAGGAAGACGUCUCGUGGCCUGGCUUGAUGCCAUCCCACCUGUGUCCCAUCGUCCCUGCCUCAGCCCCGCACCCUCCAUCCUUAAGCUUCCAGCCCCAAGGUCCUCAUCUUGCUCAAAUGCACACACAUUUCUUUAUCUCUCUGCCUUUUCUGUGCUGUUCUCCUGCAAGAAAUCCUCCACUGAAUGAAAAUAUCUUACAAGGGCCAAUCAGGAAUGACUGAAGCAGAUAGUGGCUUACAUUUUACACAUUUUUUCCAUCUCUACAAAACAACUAUGGAGAUAUGCACUCUGGACAGAAGAGCUAUGUGGGUAAAAUAUUCCCCGACAAAAAUCAUGCUGCUGUCUAUAGAUGAUGGGAAAUAAUAAGGCCAGGAACAUGGGCUUUGGUGCCACACAGACGGGUUUGACAGCCGGGAUGGCUGCCGUGCACUGUGCAGCUAGGGAAAGUUUCAGUCUCCGUUUCUGUGACUUCCUCUAUUAAAUGGAGAUUUUGCCACUUAGCCUGCUAGGUUGGGAGAAAGACUUCGUGAGAUAAUGCACGUGAGGUUCAGAGAACAAUGCUUAGCCCUAGUAAAGGCUUAAAAAAAAGUACCCUUUGUUGUUAUUGUUUGGGAAAGUCUUUCUCUUCUUCAAGGCCUUUUUCUGGUGUCACCUGUUCUUCCCCCAGCUACGUGCUCAGCACUUCCUGGGGUGCUUUGCACAUUGCAUGGUUACAGCCCUUAUUAUAGUGUGUUCUAUUUAUUUAUUUACAUAGCUCUCUCCAUAGUAGACUGUAAGCUGUAUACUUGGUACUGAGCUUGGCACGUAGCAGCCUCUCAGUGAACACCUGUGGGAUGGAUGGAUGGACCAACUAAAAUAAAUGGAUGAAUGGACAGAUGCAAAAAAUAAACAGAUGCCUUACCAGGAUAAAAACUUUCCAGUUCCCUGACUAACUCAGAUUUCUAGAGUUGGGGCACCCAACUGAUUAAGAUCUUACAUUUGAAAACGUCAGGAAGUUUGAGGAUGAAAUUCAGUGUCCUCAAUAUAAAUAGCCUCGGAGAUGUCUCCCCUGUGUUCGCUCCUGCUCCUGUACAUUCUCUAUACAACAGCCACAGAGCUUUCUAAAAUCAUAAACAAAUGCUGUAUCUCCCCUGCUUAAGGUGUUUCUGUGCCUUCCCAUUCUAUUUUGGAUAAAUUCUAUACGGAUCACCAUCUCUCCAGGGCAUUGCAUUAUCUAAUUCUGGAUCCGUCCAGCCCAUUGCUUCAACACUCACCCCUUUAAUCACUGUGUCCCAGCCAUAUUGCCUCCUUCCCAUUCCUUAAACAAGCACAACUUUUUCUUGCCUCUGGGCUCCCAGAUAUACUGUUCCCUUGACAUAGGAUAAAAUGUCCUCCCCCCAACUUCUUCCCAUGCGUGGCUCUUGGCAUUUUUAGUAGAGCUUACAUUCCACCUCCCCAGUGAGGUAAGAUUGUCCUCGAAUUAACCCUGCUUAACAAAUCACCCUGACCCAAUCCCCAGUGCCUGUUCCAGUGAACUUACAGGUUUAUUUUUCAUCUGCACCUGCAUGGAGAAUUUGAUCAAGCUUGCCGGUAUCUUAUCAAAGCCUAGUGACAUCUGGAAGACCUUGAGUAAAUACAGAUUAGACGCAUUCAUCCAAAAAUGCAAAGCCAGAUCAAGCAGGCUCAGAGGGAAAACAACGACUUAGGCCAAAAUGAAGCUGAGUGGGUCACUCGUAUCGUAAGCCAGCAGGCAAGACAAGCCUUGGCUGGACACUUUUCAGCAAGAGCCAAAGCCAUGGUAUAGGACCCAAGAAACUCAUCACAGCUGAGGCCUCAGAUCAUCCAAAGGAUGACCACCUUCCUUCUGGAAGUGCCUUCUUCACUUGACUUUCCUCCUGGUUUUCUUCCUGCCCCACACACCACUGCCACUCGGUCCCCUUAGCUGACACCUCUGGCUCUGCUCAGCCCCUAAUGCUGUUCUGUUUGCCCAGGAUUCAGUCCUGGGACUUUUUCUUUUAUCCAUGAAAGCUCUCCCCCUACAGUAUUUCAUCUAGUCCUGAGACUUUCAAAAUUGAUGUAUGCUUCUGUGUCCCAAGUUUACCUUUCAGGACUAUGGUUCAAGGAGCACAAGCAGCUCAAAGUGAUAGUAACAAGCUAGCCAAGGAAGAAUUGCCCUUAUCCCAGGCUGAGGGCCUGUGCUGUGGAGGGCUCCCCAUGAGCCAGUGACGUCACUCCCCUAAGAAGGAAGAGCCCCAAGUACGCCAGGUCCUGGGCAACUGACAUCCCCACCCGGCUCCUAUGAAGCCAGCAGCCGGGGUCUUCCACUGACAGCUUCUUUCGUGGGCUCACAGGAUGUAAGAAAUAGAAUCAAGGAGGCUCGUGUCCCCAGAAGGUGGGCCAGUGCUGGCCUAACCCCCGAUCAGCGCCAACGGGAGAGCAGAACAUCUUGCCUUCUAUUCCUUUGCCAAACCUUAGCCUUUUUUGAGUUGUCCCAAAAGAGCCAAUUAUUAACCCACAUGCCUUAAAGCAGCCAGCCACCGCCUUGUUAAGUCCAAUAUGCUGCCAAGAAUAUGCCUUAUUAGUAACCCUCAGCUUUCUUGGUUGCUUUUUAAACAAAAUUAUAUAUGUCUGGGAGAAAAAAUAGCAAACUUGAACACCAAAGUUUCACAUUGGUUCUAGUUUCAUUGCCACCACUUAGUAGGUAUUUAGUUUAGAGGCUUUCUGUCUGCUCUUUCUGGAAGCCUUGGCAGAGCUUAGUUGUGACUGUUGGGAAUGAUUGCUACAUUUUUCGAUGUUUUGAGUAGAUUUGUACCACUGACCCACCACUCCAUAUGAAAAACUAUUUAACUCUUUUAUUAUCUUGUGAAAAGCACAGCUUGUUUUUUUUUUUCACCUUGUAUUUAUCAAGUAUGAUGGAAAACAAUAGAUUACAGCCUUUUUUUAUAUUUAAUUGAUUGCCAUUAUUAUCCAACAGAAUAGUGAGUGUACAUUGUUCUUACAGCAAGACAGCCCUUUCGUAACACCACUUGGUUAUUUUAUUGUGAGUGAGUUACAAAAAGAUCUUAAGAAAUUGCAUGUAAUAUUUCUUUUUUUAAAAAAAGAUUUAUCUAUCUAUGCAUACCAGAACUGGGGUACAGGCCAGAGGUGCGGGG